AAUAGAUCGAAUAUGAGCUCUUGGGACGAUGUUCUGCUACUGUUCCUUCUCUGUUACAGGGAAGGAAGAAGUGAGGUUGCAGUUGGACACAGCUUUACAGGAUGUCAAUGAAAAAUAUGUGCUGCUGGAGGAGACAGAGAAGCAGGCUGUGUGCCGGGCUCUGAUUGAGGAACGCAGUCGCUUCUGUACGUUUGUCACCCUUCUGCGACCUGUGCUGGGUGAGGAAAUUGGAAUGUUGGGAGAGGUUACACACUUGCAGACUAUUCUAGAAGACUUGACAAACCUGACAGCUGACCCCCAGACACUGCCUCCUGCCAGUGAACAGGUGAUCUUGGAUUUGAAGGUGGCAGAUGAUUAUGACUACACAUACCACACACCGCCCUCAUCACCCAGCAGCUCUCACUCUCGGAGGGGCACUGUAAGCAGCGUAUACCAUUACCCACAAACUACAGGGAAACAUCCCAGUAUUCCUAACUUCGAAUCUGCCUCUCCAUCAAUGGAAACACUUCAUAUACAACCUCCAUCUGUCUCAACAGCUGAUGGCACCAGCCAGAAAUCCACCAGUUCAGCAUCCUCCGAGGCUUCAGAAACCUGGAGGUCGGUUAGCGAAUGCAGCUCUCCCACCUCUCUCUGCUCUGGCUACAAGACCGGGCUGUGGGCAGCAACCAGCAAGCAGCAAAUGGAGAAAAUACUCUCUCCCACUUGGAAAGAGAUUGGGUUGACCAUCACCUUCAAGAAAACACAGGGCAUGGUCCAGGAUGUUGCCGUAUUGCUGUCUGUCAACAUUGAGAAUGAGGUGCAGGAGGUUAUUGAUAGACUUACACAUCAAAGCUUCACAAUCACUUGUGAUCUGUCACUUGAUGCUGAAAUCAACAUGCACAAUGCAAAAACUGCAGUGGUUAUGUCCCAGCUGAGUAGGAGAGCGUGGAAAUACAGCAACGUGACAGAGGGCACCAAGCUGUAA